CCGCCGCGGGCCCCGGCGCGCCCCGCUUCCGCCCGACGGCGGAGACAGCCGCCCGGCCGGCGAGCCCUGAUGGACACUCGGGACAGCGGGUCACGGGCCUGUCCCCGGCGGCUCCUACUGGACUGAUCUCGCCUUGUGGGGCUGCGGGGACCGAGAGGCGGGGAGGGAGCUGGAGGAAAGGCAGAAGCUUCCUUUGAAAAUCGGCUUUGUUUGAGCGCACGCCGCGUCAGUGCGAGCCGCAGGGGCGGCCGGGGCUGCCCGCCCGACCCCGCCACGGCCCGGGCCGCGCCUCCCGGAGCAGCAGCCCCUGCAGAAACACUGACUACAGUACUGUACCUGCGGGUUCCAUCUGUCCUCAGCAAGUCAGAUGAAAGAAGGCUCAGCCUGGGGCACUCUGUUCACCCAACCAGGGAGACACAAGGACUGAAUGCCCGUGGCUCGGUCCCCCCAUGCCCGUCUGUCCCAAGUCCCUCUUCUGUCUGUUUUCUAGUUCAAUGAUUUCCCUCUUAUUCGAUUGCUUCCCCUUUGGCUGUGCCAGCCAGUAGAGUAGGUAAGUCCUGGGGUCAGGAAGGUCCUUUGGAGCCCCUCAGGCCAUGGAGCACCAGCAGGCUGAGCAUCCGGCCCCUGGGAAGGCCAAGCCUUCAGAGGGAUUGAAAGCUGCCAGCCACGAGCUCCCUCAGGACAAGGAUAGUGCCAAGGCUGAUGGGGCGCCAGCAAGGGCAGGUGGACAGGGGCCAGCAGACCAGGCCUUGCUGCCAGCCCCCAGCCCAGAGAACAUCGAGUCCUCUCUGCCUGAUGCUAGCUUCAGCCCAGAGGGACUUGCCCAGGGGGUGAAGCUGGAGGUAGAGACGGUGGGGGCAAAUUCCAGGCCUCGGGAGCUGCCUCAGCCACCCAGGGUGCGGCGGCCUGAGCUGGAUUCCUACUGUGUGAAGUGGAUCCCGUGGAAGGGAGAGUGGACGCCCAUCAUCACCCAGAAUGCUAAUGGUCCCUGCCCCCUCCUUGCCAUCAUGAAUAUCCUCUUUCUCCAGUGGAAGGUGAAGCUGCCCCCGCAGAAGGAAGUGAUCACAUCUGAGGAGCUCCUGGCUCACCUGGGAGACUGCCUCCUGUCUGUCAAGUCCCAGGAGAAGUUGGAGGGACUUCUUAACUUUCAGCAGAACAUGGAUGAUGCUGUGACGGUGUUGCCUAAACUGGCCACGGGGCUGGAUGUCAACGUGCGGUUCACAGGCGUGUCUGAUUUUGAAUACACGCCUGAGUGCAGCAUCUUCGACCUGCUGGGCGUCCCCCUGUACCAUGGCUGGCUGGUGGACCCACAGAGUCCUGAGGCCAUGAGCAUGGUGGGGAAACUGAGUUACAAUCAGCUGGUGGAGAAGAUCAUCAGCUGCAAGCACUCUAGCGACAGCAACGUGGUGAUGGAAGGCCUGAUUGCGGAGCAGUUCCUGGAGGCCACCGCAGCCCAACUGACCUACCACGGCCUAUGUGAGCUGACCGCGGCCGCCAGGGAGGGCGAGCUCAGCGUCUUCUUCCGGAACAACCACUUCAGCACCAUGACCAAGCACAAGAGUCACCUGUACCUGCUGGUCACUGAUCAGGGCUUCCUGCAGGAGGAGCAAGUAGUGUGGGAGAGUUUGCACAACGUGGAUGGGGACAGCUGCUUCUGUGAUGCUGAGUUCCACCUCAGCCACUCCCUCUGCCAGGAGCCUGGAGUCCCCAGAGUGUGCAACUCUCCUGAAAAGCAGAGGCAGCUGGACCAGCCCCAUCUGCAGGGACUUAGCGACCUGGAACUGGCGCAGCAGCUGCAGCAGCAGGAGUACCAGCAGCAGCCCACGCCCCCCAUGCCACAGGGCCGUGGAGCCGCAGUUGGACGCGCAGCCACUAGGGAGCGUCGGCAGAGGCCGAAGCAGGAGCUGGACUGUGCGCUCUUAUAGCCCUCCCUGGGCCAGACCCCUGCCUGUUGGAGUCAGAGCAGCAAGAGCCAAGGUCAGGCUCGUGGAUGUCGUUGCAUUCUCACGCUGUUGCCUUUCCUCCCAGCCACCCAGAGUGACCCGGGGGGUGGGGUGAGGCCCCUUGCCCUAAAUCUCCACACUGGUCUCAGGGCUCUGGGGGGAGUCUCGCCAUUUCCUGCCAGCUGGCCUCUCUCUGUAGAUUUCAAGGUUGGAUUUGGGUUUCUAGCUCCCUCAUUUGUAAAGUCUGCCCUGGGUUUGGAAAUAAAAACUUUCCCCCCCCCCGCCCCACCCUCCACCUGGAAAUAAAAACUUUUUUCCUGA